AUGACUACUGUCCCGCCCCCACCGCCAAAGGUUCCCCAGGGAUAUACCGGACAUGUAGAAGCACAACCCAAUCCGCCGCCACCACCCCGGCCGCCAUUACUUGCGCAAGGUGUAGGACCGGCUGCAACAACAGGUUCAUAUGAUUUCCGACCUGUGGCUUCUUCGAGCAGCAACGUAGCCCCGGCAAAUUAUUCGGCUCUGGGCCCUGGCUCUCCUUCCGACUGGGAGCGCUUUGGACCAACCCCUGGCGACUUUGAUGAUUCACCUUGGUUCCCACCAAGACAAUCACCUCAACAACCAGGAAUGCAAACGCCCCCAGGGUUCUCGACUGGAGUGUCUCAAUCUCAAGCUCCGGCAGUGAGUACCACAAGUGCGCCUCAGCCUCCGAUGAAUCCAACCCUGCCAGCUCAUGGUGUUUUGAGCCAAGAGAUGCAUCCCCGGAGAAGUGACUCUGUUUCACCGAUCAGCCCCUCUCCUUCACAGAGAAUACAUACUCCUCCAUCCGCAGGGAGGGCGACACCACCAGCGGGGAAGACGGCACCGCCAGUUCGUAUGGAUAGCGUAGACUCUAAAGGUUCCGGGGUUUCAGAGCGUGCUGAAAGCAUAGACCAUGUCAUCGAUGCGUGGGUCCGACCUCUGGAGCCUGCAAAGCCGGCCCAGUCUGAUAGCGGCACAUCUACUCAGCCAGAUGUAGCUUCUCCAAGCAGCCAGGACUUACCAGCAGAGCCUACAAAGCCUUCGUCUUCUGUCCUAAAUACUGCAUCUACAUCCAUGGCCGUUUCUUCGGCUACUGAAGAGCCAGGUGCCCCAGCUGCACUCAAGGCGGAAGAUCCGUAUGAGGAUCUGGAUCCAUGGUUCAAGUCUUCUUUGACACGAUAUGUUGCUAUGCUGCGCAAAGAGGCGGUUGCAGACUCUGAUGAGGAACGAUACAAGAUUUUCACAGCAUUCACGGCGAAGGAAACCAAACUGCGGGAGAUUCUAUACAAUAUUGAACAUGCACCCCCAGAAGGAGCACCACCUCCAAGCCACGCUAUGCCUGAGAAGCGCACUUCAGUCUCCGAAGAGCCAAAGGGGCCCGAAGGACCGAAUCAGUCAGCAGAGCCGGAUGAACGCAAAGUUCCUAUCGAGUCUGGGUUAAUCCCCGUGGAGAGCGAAGAGCUUGUUCCGCAUCUGCAUGUCACUAAUAACAAAGUCAAUGAGGAAGACGGAGAUGGGGACGACGCGAAUGACUCUGGGAGCGAGUACAGCGCGGGCGGGCGGCCAAUCUUUCGCAAAAAGACGACGCAGCCUCCAAGACGCUUGUCGCACGAUUCCUCUAAACUUACUUUGGACGGCCCGGAGCAGGAAACCCCCCUGGAACCGCUCAACUCUAACCCGCCACGUCCCAUUUAUACCCCUUUCCAAUACAAGGAGGGUCCGCAACGGGGUUCGGACGAUCUACGAUUUGACCGCCCCGCAUACCAAGGCUACUCUGAUUUGCGACAAGCCUCAAACACGAGUGGACGAGUGAUGUCAAAUGCCCUUCCGGUCCCCGCCACGGGGCCCGAUACAUUGGCUCCGCCCUCCGGGUUGAAUGACAAGGAUGAGACCUUCCUUGGUCUCAUUCGUCACAAGAGCAAUGCAUACCAGACGAUGAGCCGCCGUAGUGCAACACCACUAGCGCUUUUGCCUGAAUCUCUCAAAAAACGAGGGCGCUCGGGUACCUUGGUCGAAGACUUGCGUACUCUAGUGUGGACGCCACUGGAUAAGCAGACGGAGAGCUCAUGGCACAAGACCACUCGUGAAGACUUGGCGAAGUACCCCGACGAUUUUGCAUAUUUGAAGCAAACAUAUGAUGACUGGGAGCGCACCGCUUCCGCUCGGCGUCAUAGGCUAGAGAAAGACCGCGCAGCGCGACAAGAGGAUUCAGAAGCUCAUAUAGAUGAGCUUUUUAAUGAGAAAGAAAUAGGCUAUGCCGACAUCAACACCCUUGAGGAGCAAUUCCGGCAGAAGGAGGCACGAGUCCAGCUUGACGAGGAGCGACAAGAAGUGGAGAGCUUUAUGACCCACGUCUUCAAUCCUCUUGAUGAAAAAUUGAAGAAUGAGAUUGCUGCUCUGCGCAAAUCCUAUGACUCGGCGCUGAACCAGCUCGACCGCGACCAGAAAGGGAAGAAUCCCUACGCUGAGCAAUGCAGCCCGUCUGUCACUAUGAAGAUGGUCAAUGAAAUCCAUAACAAGCUAGAAACCCGCUUCCAGAAGCGGCUAGAGCUUGCCUUGGACUGCGAACAACGUCGCAAGAAGGCGGAACGCCGCCCGCUGGUCUUCAUGGGUGAUAUGGCCGGUCUUCGGAAGCUGGAUGGAGACUUCGACAAGAUGGAGAAACGGAACCGGUUGGAAGCCGCCAAAGAUCGAGAUGAUCGGGCCAAUCGACUCAUGGAUUCGUUCGAUGAUGCAAUUUUGCAUGGACUGGGUAUGAACCAGAGUCUGUUGGACGAGCUUGCGUCCACAGUCGCUAAGUUGGACGCCACCAGCCUGCGGGCAUCCGGCCUGCCGGAUGCCGAGAUCGAGCAGGUGCUGAAAUCGGCAACCACUUUCGCUGCCUCCCUUCGCUCCGACUCGGAGGAUAUCAUACGUUGCUCUGCUGCCGCCGACGUAGCCCUGAAUGAUGCAGAUUACAACGUAUCUGUAGCGGAAGCACACUAUGCCGACUCGGAGCCGGAUGUGUUCACACGGCUUGAGGCCGAGAAGAAGAAGGAAGACUUGAUCCUCCAACGUGAUCUCGAUUCCAAACUGGAAAGCAUCUGGAAAGCUCCCAAGGAGAUCGAGUCGACUGUUCAGCGCCUUCUGAACGAAUUGAGAGACACGCCCCGAACUGAACCACCCAGUUCAUCCUUAGAAGAUGAUGCCCCUCCCCUGCAGAAUUUGCCUCCUACGAGUCGGACGCCGCCGAGCCAACUCUGUGAAGGCCCACCUCUCGAGCUCCGUCCUGCAACCGUUGCACCGAGUCAAGCGCCAGGUUCACCUCCGCCUGCAAGCCAUACUCCAGAUCCUGAAGCCGAGCAUAAGGAGAGAUUGCGCAAGGCUUUAGAGGCUGCAAAGAAGCGGAAUGCUGCUCGAACUAACCAAUGA